AUGACUGAGGCUGGCCUUCAGAUGCUGCGGUUGCCGCUGCCUACACUUCCUCACGAUUCGUCGAUGAUGGGGGUACUUUUUCGUGAAGCCUCAGGGCCCACUGUGAGCGCUGAUGACGGAAAUGUGGUGAAUGCGCGUGCAGAGUUGAACAAGGCAAGGGACGAGAUAGAUUCAGUUGAUAUCGCUGAGUGGCGAUCUUUUUCCAAGAAACUCAACGCACUAGACGGCCUUACUAAGGAUAUACGAGCCCGUGUGGGCUUUGACUUGCCUCUGGUGAAUAACGCCUGGGCUAAGUUCUACGAGGUGCUGGUGGCUUACGGCCCGAGGAUGUUCGAGAACGUUGGAGUUGAUAAGUCUUUGCGUACCAUGCACCUCUGUGAAUGCCCUGGUGGAUUCGUGGCUGCCCUCAACGUAUAUUUGGCAAUAACUCACCCAGAUUGGGUGGAGAAGUGGCAGUGGCUGGGAGCUUCACUGAAUCCCUACUAUGAGGCAAAUGACCUCAAUCAAAUGGUGGAUGACGAUGCCCUGUAUAGACGGACUCGGGAUCGUUGGUGGACUGGUCCGGAUGGUUCAGGGAACAUCCUUCAGCCGAGCGCUGCUCAGGAUAUGUGGAGAUGGUUCGGAUCUCGAGCCACUGGAGAGAAGUGUCACGUCGUGACUGCAGAUGGGAGUAUGGAUGUUCAAUACGAUCCAAACAAACAAGAGAGCCUAUGCUUGCCGAUAAUAUUCCGAGAGCUCCUAUUGGCCAUCGGCUUACUGCACCCCGGCGGUACCUUUGUGAUGAAGGCUUACUCCCUGCUGGAUGACGCCACUGUAGCUGCCCUGUCUCUGGCAGCAUUCAUGUUCGAUACGAUAGAGGUCGUGAAACCUGUGGCCAGCAAGGAGGCCAACAGCGAAACGUACUGGGUUUGCCUUGGAUUCCGAGGCCUUGCAAAGGAGGACGGCGCAUGGCUGAGGAAGGCACUUGCUGUGCGAGAUCCACGUGUCGAGCUAAGGAUACCUACGAAUGCGAGCCAGUCUUUACGAGAGUUUGUGCGUGCUGCUCGACAGGUCGCAGUGACAUUGGCUGAAAAGCAAACAGAAGCUAUCAAAGGAAAGCUCAGCCGAUGGCGGGAAAUGGGCGACUCAGAUCCACAGCCCUAUCCUAAGAAGCAGAGAACCAUCAACAGUCUCAGUGGCGACUAUGUACGCAUGUUGAUACCACCUGAACUUGACUUGGCCUUGGUGAAGCCGCUCUUACCGGCUGAUACUGCCGGACGGCUCGGAGGGGUUGACAGUAGGCGUGCUAGUCGAGGGACAGUAGAGGACAGGCGUCAUGACCAUGAGGAUGAUACAGCACUUGGAGGCCUACGCGAGAACCUGGCAGAAGGCGCUUCCUUCUCUAUGCAAGCCGUUACAAAUCCGACGAGUCGCAUCCCACGGAUUCCAUCCCUCACCGAAUGGUUGACGUUCACGCUAACGACCCAGCAGCUUUCUGAGUGCCCCGGAGCCUAUAGGAGGAUUACCUCCUUCACUCAAGCCAAUAAUGUUAAGAUCCCUAACUCUGGGUCUGUCGUCUACAGCCCUUUGGUUCGCAAUGCUACUGAGCUCAAGGCCCUUGUUCGCAAGAGGCUACUCCGAUUCGAAAAAUGCCCGACAGUUCAGCCUCGAUCGCCCGGCGAUGCAGUGGCGUGUUCGCUCACCGGUGAUGAGCGUAAUCGAGCAGUCAUUGCGGAGCUUCUGAAAGAGCAUGCCAGCGUUGACCCUGAUCACGUGUCUACAUGGGAUUCCCCCCUCCAUAAAGCCGCCGCGAUCAAAGGCAAAGCUGACGUGAGCGUGAAAAUGCUUGCUGACCACAGUCUACUGGUCGACCCGUUCUCUCGGCAAUUCGAUCCGGCAACAAGAGAAGAGCUCAUCAAAUCAACCAUAGAUGGCGUGGAGGCUCUGACGAUCGCGGGCUCUAGCGUCCUGCUGUUAGAGCUGGGGGCCGCUCCUGUGGUAGCAGUCUGGCUCGGCAGCUUACUCUUCCGACUGGCCCAACUAUUCAACAAGAUCAAGCUCGUACAGCCGUGUUCAGGUAUGAACUUACGACCACCCGUUGCUACUCUUGUUUGUGAUUUAGAUGACUCUGUACUGAGAUGCAGCAGUUGGGUUGUCUGCAUGGGGCGGCUCAGUGGAGGAAGGGCCAAAUCCAGUCUAAGAACCAUCCGGGAUGCUAUUGCAUCGAGGGAUGUGUCCACCCCCAUGGCUCCUAUGACGUGCACAUUGUAA